CGAUCACGUCGUCCCACAAUGCACGUUCAAGUGGACGUCCCUGCUGCCUGCGUCAUUUGCGCGCCGCCUCGCUCCCUGCCGAUGUACUUCUUUUCCCGAAAGCCUGAAGAUAGAUGUUUCGAUUUCAGUCCCUGGAUGAAGACUGUACGUUGGAGGAGGAAGAUGAGGGACAGAUAGAAGAGGAAGAUGGAAUUGAUCAGUUCAACGACGACACCUUUGGAGCUGGGGCCAUCGAUGACGACUGGCAGGAAGAACACAAACGCCUCGCUGGGCUUGAUAGGACCGGGCUAGGAGCGGGGCUGGGGUUAGGAGGAGGGGGGAUGGGAGGAGAAUCAGAUUUAGGAGGAGCCAUUAACUCCACCCAUCUCCAUUCCUCUGCGGGCCAUCUCCCCCUUCCAUCUUCCCUCAAAUUCUCAUCUUCCUCCGGACUGCCUCUACCAGAUAUGGAGGAUCGAGGAGGGGGUGGUGGCUUGGCAGAGUCUCUGGCCAGACUCAUCCUGGAGGCUGACCCGGCCAUUGCUGGGGUCGGAGCAGCCGAGAGACCUGGUCCGUCCUCCAGCUCUUCAGGAUCUAGCCUCUCCCCUCUGCAGGGCCUGGAACGACCCAGAGUCCUACCGCAGCCCUCAUGCAUUCCACAUCUCACUCAAUCACACCAGCUUCCCCAUCACCCCCAGCACCAGCUGCCUCCUGGGCCCUCCAUCUCAGGCCUUCCUCCUGGCACCUCUCCCAUGUCCAUGCUCAGCUACCAACAGCAGCAGCACAUGCUGCGCAGAGGGACUGCUCCUAUGGCCCAGAUGAACUCUCACAGUAUCUGGGAGAACAGUAUGGGUUUUGGGCCAGUCAGUGUGACCCCCACACUGGUUACACACAUGGAGGAUAGUCCACUAAUGUCUAUAAUCAAGGAGGUGGGCCUUCCUAAACGAGCUCCUCAGGGUAGGAAUGAUGAAGCACGGGAUUUGUCAGAGAGGGUCCCACCUCCACGCUCUUCUUCCCCUGUGAUCGGCUCCCCACCAGUGAGGGCAGUGCCUAUUGGGACCCCACCCAAACAGCCAAUGAGCCAUGCUCUGAAUCAUCAGAUCCACCAUCCCACGGCGGUUCAUGUGAGAGCCCCGAUCCAGCACAGAUACCCUCCUCCUUUCCCUGAGCGUGUGUCACCCAACACCCUCCUCAACUUAGCUAACUCCCCGCUGUGCUGCGGUCCGUUCCCUCCCGGAGUUGGUCCUGUCCUGUCUCAGAUUCAACGGGCCCAGCUGCUCAACUCUCAGGUGGCUGGUUUUCCUCGCGGUGGUCCAGCAGCUCCUUUGUUACCAGGCGGUGGUGGUUUCAGGCCGUUCUUCGGGGGCCCUCCUCCUCCACUUGGUCACAGAAUGGGCCCGCCGCCCCCUCAUUGCCCCCCUAACCACACGCCACCCAUCCGACACAACACCACCCACCUCCACCCACAGCACCGGCGCAUGCUCACCCAACGCAUGCAGAACCGGGGAGGGGAACAUGGCAGAACUGGAGGGGACCGGCGCAGCAGGGACCCCUACAGUAAUCUUAUGAGUCAGAAAGAGAAGGAAUGGGUAACCAAGAUCCAGAUGAUGCAGCUGCAAAGUACUGACCCUUACCUGGAUGACUACUACUAUCAGAACUACUAUGAAAAGAUGGAGAAGCGUCAGGAAAGAGAGAGAGACAGCAGCAAGAAGGAACACACCACUAAACUGAUCACUCCACAGGUGGCUAAGGUCGAACAUACCUACAGACCAGUUCAGUUUGCAGGCUCUCUGGGUAAGCUGACGGUCUCCAGCGUCAACAACCCUCGCAAGAUGAUUGAUGCCGUGGUGACAACCCGCACAGACGACGAGGAGAAAAGAGAGAAGCAGGUUUGGAAUAAGAGGCGGCAGAUCCUCUACACUGUGGAGAAGAUGUACAGUUUACUGCUGGAGGUUCAAGACUUUGAAAAACGUUUUGUCCAGGCGCCAGAGGAGGACAGGGAGGUUCUUCUGGAGCAGCAUAAAAGCAACACUGUGCAGCUGUGCAACUCUCUGAGGGAGAAGGAGUGGGAUGACAGAGUGAGUGAUGAGCAGUGUGUUAUGAUCAUGUCAGUGAGGAAGGGCAAGCGGCUCAUCUCCAGACUCCUCCCCUUCCUGCCCUCACCCCAGUCCGCCGCCGUUGUUAUGGCGAUUUCCCGCAACCUUCCUGCCCUGGCCAAGAAGGACAAGCAGGACCAGGUGCUGUGCUGGUUAGUGGAGCCAGUUUCUGCAGUGAUCCUGUCAUUGUCCAGCUCUGCCCUUACAGACUUGCUCCAGGAGCUUCAGGGAAAUGAGGGCCAACUGGCCACAGUACUACACAACAAGUUUGGUGUGACACUGCUGUAUCUGAUCCUGAGUGAAGGAGAGAGGAUGCAAAGCUCCGACUCCAACUGUCAACUCAUGGACGACAAUCGAUGGACUGAGUUGGUGUUUUCAGUGACCAGGGAGUUGCUCAGCGUCCCCGCCUCAUCCCUCUCUCCUCCCCUCUUCACCCCUCCUAACUUGCUCUCCCUCUUCUCACGCUACGUCGAUCGGCAAAGGCUGGAGGUGUUACAGGACAAGCUACAGAUCUCUUCUUUGUCCAGGUAGAAGUUACAACAGACAUCAACACAAGUGUGUGUGUGUGUGUGUGUGUGUGCGUGUGUGUGCGCGCGUGUGUGUGUAUGUUGCAUUUUUAAUAUCUUGUUUACGAUUAUGCCUGUGAUGAACCUUCAAAUUAAAAAGCAUUUCUAUUUCUCGUGUUUCAGUCCAAUCUUAGAAGGCUUGAACCAGGCACUGUGUAACACAACUUUAAGUACUCACCUGUAACUGUCAGACUCCCGAUGGACAGAACAAAAAUGGAUCACAAUCAAUGCAGCAGAACCAGAGGUGUAUUUUUGUUUAUUCUUUAAAUCUUGUCAUACUCUUUAAUAAUGAAUAUAGCAUCAGAGUACUUGAUCUCUCAUACUUUACUUUGUUUAAAAAAAAAAGAAAAAAUAAUGUUUUUUGUUUGUUUUUUAAAGCCACAGAAUGUUUGUAGCGCUCCGUUAGACAUAUGAUCCAUCUUCAGGGGGCUCGCAUAAAAAGAAAUACUACAGUACAAUUUCAUGAAAGUAAAUACUUUGUCUAUAUUAUAUCUGUGUAAUUCUGAAGAGUUUUUGAAUUUGCAACAAUGAAAUACUUCAAACACACUGCUCAGUUGUGUGUGUGGUAAACGACCCUGUUCAGAGGACUGAAACAGGAAUUCUACUGUUAAAGUCCAUGACAUUUGCAAUUAAAUAAUUAGUUUUACAUAGCAGCCACAGUUUCUGCACAGGACAUGCACCGAGUAAUGAGUAGGCUCUAAGGCGAUGCAAGGUUCCUUUUAUUAGAAUAGCACAUUUCAUACACAAUGGCAUAAAAUAAAAAACUGAAACAACCUUCA